AUGCUCUGUAUAAAAGCAGACCUCGAGAAUGUCACCGACCUUGCGCCUGUCUCAGACGCCUUCGAAUAUUUCUUCCAGGUGAAAUGUACGAGUUGCAACGAGGUUCAUCCAAAGUUUGUAGCCCUAAACCGCUUGGAGGAGCAUGAGGUGUCCUCAGGCAAGAACAACACAGCACAUUUUGUCUGGCGCUGUGGCUUGUGUAAACGCGAAUCAUUCGCAAAAUUUGAGGCUCGGUCGGUAACCACCCCUUACUCCGCGGAUGCGAAUGGCCAGUUCGCACCAUUUCUGACCGUCGAUUGCCGUGGCCUCGAGUUUAUAGGAUUUGAUCCCAGAGGAGUGUGGUCUUGUUCUGGACUUGACUCUGGGACCGUAUUUGAUGAGGUAGACCUCAGAGAAGGGGAAUGGGUUGAUUACGAUGAAAAAGUCGCGCUGCCCUCCCCGUAG